AUGGAGGCGCCACCCACCAACCUGGAGAGCCCUCUUUAUCGGCUAUCUACUUCUUUUCAACGGGUUGCUGCAGCCUUUUUCGCCUCGUCUUCUCUUUGUUUCUUUGUCGGCAAGAUGAACGCGCCCGAUCGUUUCGAGCUCUUCCUCCUCGGGGAGGGCGAGAAGAAGAUCACGGAGACGCCGUUUACGGCUAUGUCCAACACCUCCGAUUUUCUCUUCAAGAAGGAGGAUCACACCCUGGGCAACCUCAUCACCGAGUACCUCAAGCAGUCCCGCCACAUUCUGAUGGCCGGUUAUAAAGUCGCUCACCCUAAUGUGCCUGAGGUCUUCAUCCGGAUCCAGACUGACGGCACGAUUACCCCUAAGGAGGCACUUGUCGAUGCGUGUAAGGAUCUGAUCUCUUCAUUUGGCCACCUCGGACGCGAGUUCACUCGCGAGCACGAGCUGCGCCGCAUGGUUGCGGCCGGAGAGCAGCAGCAAGGUGCCAACGGCGGCAUCUAA